AUGACGGAUCUCUUGCACGUGCUCCCGCACUUCCCUGCCGGGCAGUUCGCGAGGUUGAUUCCCGUGCUCGAGAAACACGGACUCUCGACCAGCGAUCUCCUGACCCUCGAGGCAGCCGACAUCGGGAAGCGGACCCGGCUGCCGCUGCUCGACGUCAAGCGCCUGUGCAGCGCCGUGCUCGACGCGCUCCAUGCCGAUCUCGGUGUCGCAAACCCGGCUCCGGAGGCACACCUCGGCCCACUCCAACCCGAGCCCGACCGGUUUACUGGGGCCAGUUCUGCUGACUUCGGAACCCCCGCCUCCUCCCUCCAAUAUCAUCAUCAACACCAUCACUAUCAUUCACUCCAAUCCGGGCCCCGCCCAACCCAGGAAUCUCCCCUCGCAACCCGCAGCCGCCGCUUGCCUCCCAUCUCCGGCAACAGCAACAACAACAGCACCGCCCUCGCCGACAUACUACCGCCAUCCUCCGUCCCCCUCCCCUCAUCCAGCCACCCACAGUCCGACGAACCGGAACAAACAGCGCCACCACCACCACCGCCCCCGCCAACCGACCCCGACCCCCCCCGCCCGUCCCACCCCGCCCUCCUGCUCGACCACCAGCAGCGCUGGUUCACGGGCUGGGGCGACGACCCGUCCUCCAACCUGGCCCUCAAGACGCCCGCGCUGGGGCUGGUGUGGACGACCCAGAUCGCCGGGCGGAUCGCGCUGUUUAGGAGGCCCGUCCCGCUCCGGCGUCGGCGGCCGGUCCGCGAUCACCACCACCACCACCACCCUCAUUCCCAACAACAUCACGACGAUUCUUCUUCUCAUCGCCAGGCUGCGGAGCUGUCAGGGAGCGGGAUAGCGACGGGGUGGGAGAGGCUGAUGAAGGUCGUCUUUGCCCCCCACGUCGCAGGGACGGGGCCCGGGCUGGACGGGGCGGUCAGGUUCGAGGUCUGGAUGGGCGGGUUGCGAGGGCUAGGCGGUGCUGCUGCUGCUGCUGCUGCCGCUGAGCUCGGCACGGAGAAGGAGGGAAAAGGGGAGGAGGAGGACGAUGACGACCACGGCGACGAUAACAAGGAUGAGAAGGAGCAGAAGGAGGAGGAGGAGGAGGAGAACGAGGCCGAUUAUAGGUGA